GGUGUAUAGCGAGUGUGUUUUUCUAUAAUUGUCAGUGCCUUCCAUUAUGUAUUUCAGGCAAAGCUGCAAAAUGAAAUGAACCUUCGCAAGAAAGCUGAGUCUUCAGCUGUGUCAGCUGGGGAGAAAGCAACCCUUUUAGAGGGAAAAUUUGGCCAGCUUUCUGAAAGCAGUGAAAGAGAAAAAAAGCGUCUUCACAAUGAGCUUGCUCAGCUGAAAAGUGAAUCAAAGCUUUCUAUUUCUAGAAUAAGUGCAGAUCUUGAAAGAAUGGAAUGCAGAGCUAAAAUUGCUGAGGAAGAAUCAGAUCUUUUGAAAGAGCAGCUUGAGGAUCUUAAGAAACAACUUAAUGAGUGCUUGCUCCAGAAAAGAGAAGCAGAGAAGAAGUUAUCAAGUUUUACACUUCAGGAUGUUACUUCUGCAGGGAAUAAUAUUUUGGUUAAGCACCUUCAAGAGGAGCUUAGAAAUUAUGAGUCUGAGGUACAGGAAGCAAGAAAAUUGAAAUCCUCUCAUGAGAACAUUGAGCUAUUAAAAGAAAAAUUACUGGAAGAGAAGGGCCACAGGGAAAGGGCAGAGUCACAACUGUCUAAAUCACAUGAACUCCAGCUAAGUUUGAACAAUUUGGAGAACGAAUUGUCAUCUUGGAAGCUGAUGAUGAAAGACAUUCCUGGGGUAUCAUGCCCUCAAGAUAUUCCUGUCAAAUUUGCUGCUUUGCAAAAGGAGGUAAUAGAUAGUACAAUGAAGGUAGGCAAGGCAAAUGCAUGCUUAAAACAAAUGGAGGUCAGUCUGGAUGCUGCACAACUUGGUAAACAGAAUGCUGAAGCUGAGGCUGCAUUGGGUAAAGAGAAGGCAGAAGUAUCAAAAUCAGAGAUCAAGAGGAUUGAACUGAUGCUUUCUAUGGUUACUGAUGAGAGAGAUAAGUUGAGAAGUGUCAUUAAUAAAUUAAAGUGGCCUAAGAAUGAGGAAAUGGGAGAUGAAGCAGCCCAAAAGACUGUUGUCCAGGAGCUUGAAUUAUCUUUUGUUAAGAAGGAAUCUGUUAUCAAAGAGUUGGAGAAUAAUUUAUGUCAACAAAAAGAACUCAAUAAUCGUCAACAUAAUGAAAUUAAGUUGCUGAAUGAAAGGCUCAAUAAUGAGGCAAGGAGAAUCAAAUCACUUGAAAGAGAGGGUGACCAACUUCGUUCAGAGAUUUCACUAUUGGAGUCCAAGUUGGGUCAGGGCGAAUUUUCCUGUGCAAAUACCAAAGUUCUGCGAAUGGUGAAUACUCUAGGGGUAGAUAAUGAGGCAAAACGAACAAUAGAGGCCUUACAAACUGAGUUACAGAAGACAAAGGAAAGGUUGCAGGCUGUAGAAGAAUUGAAAAGUCAGCCAGGGGAUACUGGGAAGCUGGUUGACUCCUAUAUAUCUGAGAAAAUAUUGAAAUUAAAAGAACAAAUUGCUACGCUUGAAAAACGUGAAGAAAGAUACAAGACUGUCUUUGCAGAUCGAAUUUCAGUUUUCAGGAGGGCAUGUUGUGAGCUAUUUGGUUACAAGAUUGUAAUGGAUGAGCACCAGCGGCCUAAUGGAAUUCCAGUGACACAUUUUAAGCUUCAAUCAAUUUAUGCUCAAAGUGAUGAUGAGAAGCUUGAAUUUGAAUAUGAAUCUGGGAAUACAAACAUUUUGGCAAAUGAUUAUACCUCUCAGCCUGAGAUAUCUCGUCAGAUUGAGAUUUUUAUUCGGAAGAUGAAUUCAAUUCCAGCUUUCACUGCCAACUUAACGGUGGAGUCUUUUAACAAGCGAACUCUAUCUUAAGUUAUAAGAAAGCAAUUUUCGUAUCAGAAAUGGGUUUAUUAUUGUUGUUGUUUUCCAAGAAAUGUAUCACCAACAUUAUACUUCCCAUUUCACCAAUUCUCCGUUGGACUGGGGAUAAUUUCCCAACCAUGGCAUGAUUGUUUGAAAUCCUUUUGGGAUCUUGUACCAUUUAUUUUUGUUGCUAGUAUGUAUUUUAAACAUAAAUGGUUUAAAUAAUU